AGGACUUCAUCCUGAAACCUGACACGCCUGAGACCCCCUGAGCCACUGACUUCCAGGGCGGUCAGCAAGGAAUGGACCAAGCACGUCCAACCUGCGCAGCGUGGACAUUGGAGACAAGCUAAAGCUGAAGUUCAAACAUGUGCGGGAUGCCUUCAGGCCCUUGAAUCUCCAAAGGUUAGGAAAGAUCAAUCGCGAAGAGAUGCGCAGCUUCUUCCGUGGCUUUGGGCACCCCAAGGAUGUGGCAGAUCGUGUCUUUGACCUUCUGCAGGACAAGGCUGGUGAGGUGGAGUACGCCGUGUUCAUGUCUCACUUCGAAUCAGUUCUGGGGCGGGACUUUCGGCAGCUGACACAGGCGCCCAUCAUUGCGUUGGAGGAUCCUCUCGCCAGUCGAGAGGUGGAUGGGACGAUUGAGGCCUUCAAGGCCUUUUUGAUGACAAAGUGCAGGAACCUGCAGGAGGCUUACCGCAUCUUGGAUUACGAACAAGGACGGCAAGGUCAGCUGUCAGGAAAUGCGAAACUUUGCCAAAAGGCUUGGCGUCUCGGCACGAGCAUCAGAUCAGCUGUUCUUCGCGCUGGAUGUGGACAAGAUCGGUUGGAUCAACUACCUGCAGUUCACACGAAUGUUUCCUGAGACAUGGGACCAGCCAGAACCAGGCAGCGGCCGCGGGGAAUAGAAACAACGAGGGAGCGAUGCAGCGAUGCACGAAACGCCUCUCCAAAAACACACCGUGAGAGACUAAGCUGGCCAUAUCUGGCCAUAUCCGGCCAUCGGACUUUCCCUGCAGGGGGAACCAAAGGUUCUGCCCUUUUCGCGGGGCUUGGGCACUAAAAACCUUGAGAAACCAUGGACAACGAUGCGUAGAUGCAAUGAUAUGCACAUGUACAGGUACACGUGCAUUUAUACAGAUGUAUGUGCACAUCAUCGUGCAAAUCAAGUCAUUCGCAACCAAUGCACUGGCGGAAGGACCAACUCAUGAAUCAAGAAGUCUAUUGAUUCGGUUUGCUAUGAGACCACCUUCCAGGGCCUGGACACCUUUCCAACAGUUUCCAACUUUUCUGAGUUCGCCAGACUUGGCCCGAUAGCCUGGGCCUUUCGAAACACUCCAAGAAUCUGUGAAUAGCUUGCGCGCAACUGCGCCGCUGCACUGGGAUUUGCUUCUCGGUGUGUCAUGGCCACUGCGGCCUGAGGCGGCAGUGGCUGGUACACUGUUAUGAGACCGAAGAAGUGAAGCAGCUUCUGAUCGGCGACCU